ACGUAAAAAGAUUGAUACAUCUUGCUGGAGGACCACAAGCCUUUGAACGUCGUCUCGACAAAACUUUCGAAGAUAAAUCUUAUUUAACAGCAUACUUCAAUAUAGGAAAUGAGCCAGACUUUUUUCACCCUUGCUUAUAUCAUUUUAUUGGCAAACAAUGGAAAAGUGUUGAAGUUAUUAGAGACAUUUUGGAGAAAAAAUUUGGAAAAGGACCUGGUGGAAUCCCUGGAAAUGACGAUUCAGGUGCUAUGGGGAGUUGGUUCGCGUUUCAUGCUAUGGGAAUUUAUCCCAUGGCAGGACAAGAUAUAUAUCUAAUCAACUCGCCGCAUUUUUCAAAUAUAACCAUUUAUCUCUCGCAAAAUAUCACUUUCACAAUAUUAGCAAAAAAUCAUUCUACUGAAAAUAUUUAUGUCCAAGGUGUUAAAUUAAAUGGUGUAAAUUGGUAUAAGACCUGGUUUAGACACCAAGAUAUUCUGAAUGGAGGUAUUUUGGAAGUUGAGAUGGGGGAUGCGAUUAGUACAACGUGGGGUGUUAAUGAAAAAAAUGGUGAGAUUGUGAUACCUCCCA